GACCGCCGGGAUCGCUUCCGCCUCCCGCCGUCGCCAUGGCUGCACCGGCCCCGGGCCUCAUCUCGGUCUUCUCAAGUCCGCAGGAGCUCGGCGCUUCGCUGGCGCAACUGGUUGCCCAGCGGGCCGCGUGCUGCCUGACUGGGGCUCGCGCCCGCUUUGCGCUUGGCCUGUCGGGCGGUAGUCUCGUCUCCAUGCUGGCUAGCGAGCUGCCCGCCGCCGUCGCUCCCGCCGGCUUAGCCAGCCUCACGCGCUGGACGCUGGGCUUCUGCGACGAGCGCCUGGUGCCGUUCGAGCACGCUGAGAGCACGUACGGCCUCUACAGGACUCACCUGCUCUCCAAGCUACCCAUCCCUGACAGCCAAGUGAUCACCAUUAACCCCCAGCUUCCUGUGGAGGAGGCAGCUGAGGACUACGCCAAGAAGCUGAGACAGGCCUUCCAAGGGGACUCCAUCCCAGUUUUUGACCUGCUGAUCCUGGGCGUGGGCCCCGAUGGCCAUACCUGCUCGCUCUUCCCAGACCAUCCCCUCCUGCAGGAACGAGAGAAGAUUGUGGCCCCCAUCAGUGACUCCCCAAAGCCACCUCCACAGCGUGUGACCCUCACACUUCCUGUGCUGAAUGCAGCCCGAACUGUCAUCUUUGUGGCUACUGGAGAGGGCAAGGCAGCUGUUCUGAAGCGCAUUUUGGAGGACAAGGAAGACAACCCGCUCCCUGCUGCCCUUGUCCAGCCCCACACCGGGAAGCUCUGCUGGUUCCUGGACGAGGCAGCAGCCCGACUCCUGACCGUGCCCUUCGAGAAGCAUUCCACUUUGUAGCUGGUCCCCGGGGACGCCACCGUUGGGACCAUGUGCAGCCUGAGGGGGCCGGGACCUUCUGGGGCUGGGCCUCUCCACCACCGUGCUUUGGGCUUCAUUUUUAAAAAGCCACGUGGUGCCCUGACUGGGGUGGCUCAGCGGGUUGGGCAUCGCCCUGCAAACUGAAAGGUUACUGGUUUGAUUCCCAGUCAGGGCACAAGCCUGGGUUGUGGGUUCUGUCCUUAGUUGCGGGCGUGUGAGAAGCAACUGAUCGAUGUUUCUCACACAUCGCUGUUUCUCUCCCUCUCCUUCUCCCUUCCCCUCUCUCUAAAAAUAAAUAAAUAAAAAAUAAAAAGCCACAGGGUGCUGACAGGGCCCUCCCACCAGCCCUGCCCAGAUACUAAAAGGAGCAUUUGCUCCAAGCCUCCGCUGUCCUGUCCUUGGCAGGCAGCGGAACCAGGGGCUCCCAGGCUCAUCUGAAGCCCUUGUGCCGGCGGGUGGAGGACAGGGAUGGGCUACCUUGAUGAGUUUCCUGAGGCUGCGGAGCAAAGUACCACAGAAUUUAUUGAUCUGCAGUCCUAAAGGCCAGAUGCCUGAAAUCAAAAGUGGUGGCAGGGUUGGUUCCUCCUAGAGGCUCUGAGGGAAAGUCUGUCCCAGACGUCUCACCCGGCUUCUGGGGGCUGCCAGCCACCCUUGGCUUGUGACAGCAGCACUCCAGUCUCUCCCGCAGUCACAUGGCUUGCUCAUGUGAGUGUCUCUCUGUGUCCUCUUCCACUCAGGAUACCUGACAUUGGAUAUAGGACCACCCUAAAUCCAAGAUGAACUCAUCUCAAGAUCCUUAGCUAUGCCCUGGCUGGUGUGGGUUCAGUGGACUGAGUCCCGGCCUGCAAACCAAUGGGUCGCUGGUUCGAUUCCAGUUAGGACAGGUGCCUGGGUUUGCAGGCCAGGUCCCCAGGUGUGGUCAGUGUAUCUUACGCGCAUUCAUGUUUCCCUCUCCUUCCCUUCUCUCUCUCUAAAAAUAAAUAAAUAAAAUCUUGAAA